AUGGCUCCCCUCUCCGACGAUACCACCAUGGCUCCCCUCCCCGACGAUACCACGAGCAGCACCCUCACCCACGGUAUCUCCAUGCUUUCCCUUAUCCGCAAUACCAAUAUGCCACCGAUCCUCAGAAUGCCAAAUGAGAUUCUCGGGGCAAUUUGCGCCCAACUAUGUUACCACUGCAAGAAUACCAUGGCUGGGAAAGAUCGUGCCCUCCUGCUCAAGCAGGCCGAGAACUUUCGGGAGCCGGGCCCCGGUCACAGCGCUGAGGAUCUGGCUGCCCUCUCGCAAACGAAUAAGCACCUCGGAGACAUCGCGCAGCACUACCUGCACCACUUCAUUUGCCUCGACAAGCGCAAGGACGAGGACAAAAUUGACGGCAUGGUGAUCGCCGCGAUGACAUUGAUCAAGCGGCCCGACCUCGCAGAGAGUGUGCGUUGGAUUUGGAUCUCGCACCAUGGCCUGCGACUCGACAGGGAGAGCUCCGACAUUAGUUAUAUUUCUCGCGCUGCCUUCAAUCUCUACAACCUUCGCCGAUAUAUGGACCACACGCUCUCGGACCUUUUCGUGGCGGUGCUCCUGCUGCGGGCACGCUUGGCCAACUCAGUCGUCCUCACCGGCCAGCGGAUCAAUGUUGAUAAUCUCGUCGAGUCCAUCUAUCCCGUGGGCGGCAGAGGGUGUCUCCGAGCCCUCAAGAUGCUCGCGUAUAUCCCGAAUAAGGAGGGGAGACAUAUGAGCCUUCUCCGCCACGGCUGCACCAACCUGCCAUUGGCAAUCGUGAAUAUUGCUCCAAACCUGGAGAGCAUUUUCACCGGCCCCCAAACGUGGGGCGAACUCAGAGUGGAGAGAGCCAGCUUGCCACUCAGGGCUCUUUACCUGCAUCGCCAGUUCGUGGGCGGCCUCGUCCCCAUGUCCCGAGAGGUAGCCAAUAUGCACCUCCUUCGCAUCAUGACCAUGAUCGCACCUACCAUCGGGCUGCGGGUGUUUGUCCUCGAAGUCGAGAUGCCGGACCCUUUCAAGACACUGAAGACGGACCACUACAACGGAGUCUCUCUGAAAGUCCUGGCCGUCCGACGCGUCCUCACAGAGCUCCGCUUCGAGAGCCGCUACACUCUCCGCAAGCUCUGCCUGAACAUGCCCAUCGCGUUCAACGACUUUGCCGAUUCUAGCUCCGCGCCCUCAUCAGCCAUCUCAACCGAAGUCUUCAAGCUAUCCGACUUUCAGAGCCUCGAGUCCGUCUACCUCCACCUAGACGGCCAGCUCUACGACUACAUGUUCCCGCGCCUAGAGCUACACAUUGAGAACCACGUCUCGGCAGUCUACGAGCUGCUCAAGGACCUGGCCAACGCCAAGCUGGCAGGCUCCUUUCCUAACCUCGUCGAGGUGGCUGUGUCGGGCCUAGAUCAGGAUAAACAUAUAGAGGACGUCCGGGCGCUUCUUGUCUUGAUAGGAGUCCGCUUGUCGCAGGAUCUGGUCGAUCCCGUGCACGACUGGGACUACAACUACGGAUAG